AUGAGGGAGGCUGUCUCGUAUUUCCUCGGGGGCGACCUUGGCAGGUGUCAGCUGCCCCUCCUUAGUGAGAUCUCGACGCGGGCGCCCAGCGCUUACGACAUCGACAGUGGCACGCGUGCGCUGCCCCUUAGGCUGGGAGAACUACGACCUGGCCUACCAGCAGCUGAUGUCGCUGGCCGGCUGGACCCUCGUGCUCACGUCAGCCCUGAGGUGCUCACCUGGUUGGACGACCCGUCGGUGGCCCUCCUGCCACGUGCCCAGUGGCCUUCUGAGGUUCCGAAGGCGAGGCUGAUCGUUGGCCACUUGUACUCGCUCGGGAUCGUAGAGGCCAUAGAGGACGAGCAGAUCUUUCGGGCUGACGGCGCCCCCGUGCUCAACGGCGCCUUCGCAGUUGAGAAAAGGGGCGUGCCCGAGGCUGGUGAGCAGAGGCAGUGCCGCUUCAUCAUGAACAUGGUGCCAGCGAAUAGUUACCUGAAGAUCAUGACCCAGGACCUGUCGACGCUGACGGCCUCGACCUCUUGGGUUACGGUGGUGUUGGAGGGCCAGCGCGUCUUGCUCUGGUCGGGUGACGACCAGCAGGGCGCCUUCUUUGUCUGGAAGAUCCCGCGGGCCUGGCGCAGCUUCACGACAUUGAAGGGCCGCGUCCCCGGCCGCCUUGUGGGCCGCCCAGAUCUGAAGACGGUGCAUGUGUGUUCAGCCGUUAUACCGAUGGGCUGGCUGCUGGCCGUCACGUUAUUCCAACACCUUCAUAGACGCCUGGGCCUGCGCCCUCCCCCCGCUGGAGCGGGCCUGCCUGAAGUCGAUGAGUGGAGGAGGGACAAGCCUCUUCCCAUUGCUCAGGUGGGCGGUUGCAGGUCUUGGUACCAGUUCUUCAUCGACGACUUCGAUGCCCCCAGGAUCGUGAACGACACCGAGGGGGAGGUCGGCGUCGGCUCUGCUUACCAGGAGCAACAGAGGGCUUCCUACCAGCGCAACGGCGUGGCCUGGGCCGAACACAAGGCCCACCUCGGGGAGACGAAGGUCGAGAGGAUGGGCGUGCUCGUGGAUGGUCUGCGCGGGCGCGUCUCGGUACCUCUCAUGAAGCUCUUCGAGACCAUGCUCUUGGGGGCCCUGCUGGUGACCAAGGACUGGGUCUACUGGAAGACCAUGCUCGUGCUCCUGGGCAAGCUCGUCAGGGCUUUGGAGUUCAGGCGCGUCCUCUUUUGCAUCCUCAACGAGGUCUGGAAGUUCGCGGAUGGCACUCACUCUGGCUGGGUCAACUCGGAGAUGACCGAGGAGAUCCUCAGCGGCGUGGGCCUCCUCCCGCUUGCUUUCACGGACCUUCGCGCGGAGGUCGAUGCGAGGGUUACCUGCUCUGACGCCUCGGAGGAUGGUGGAGGCGCCUGCACGUCGCUGAGGCUGUGCCCCGAGGCCCUCUCGAAGCUGACGGCUGCUGCCGCUGCGGAGCAGCUCGUGCGGCACUACCUGUCUAUCGCAGAGAGAGGGGGCACGGACGUGCGCUUGGACGUGCACCUCCCGUUCCGGCACCGCGCGUGGCCGCGCGUGUCGCUCGAGCCCAACGUUUGGACGUGGAAGGUGAUCUCAAGUUACCGUUGGCGUGCUGGGAUCGGGAAGCACAUCAACGCCCUCGAGAUCCAGGCGGCCGUGAACACCAUCAAGUGGAGGCUGCGGUCGGGCACGGGCCGCCCCAGGCGCAUGCUACACCUGAUCGACAGCCAAGUCGCCGCUUCGGUGCUGACCAAGGGCCGCAGCAGCAGCAGGGUCCUGCGGAUGCACGUCAAGCGCUGGGGGGCCUUGUGCUGGGCGACAGGCUGCUACGUCAUGCUCCAGCGGUUGCGAGACUCCCAGAGGCUCUCUGAUCUCAGGGUCAGGGCGGUCACGCUCAAGAGGUACCGUAUCGCCGUCGCGGAGUUCCUCGCCUUCGCCAUCGAGGGUGGCUUCCCGCUGAACAGCUCGGCCGAGGCAGACAGCGCGCUGGGCGCCUACGUCGAGGACCAGUGGGCGAACGAGGGCACGCUCAGCCAUGGGCGCUAUGCACUCGCCGGUUACCUCUUCUUCGCCCCCGAGCUCCGCACGGCCCUGCCCUUUGCGUGGUCCCUGGUCAAGACGUGGCAGAAGCUGGCGCCCAUCAAUCGCGCCUAUCCGGCCAGCCCCGAGAUGGCGCUCGGGCUUGCAGGUGCUGCAGUCUCGGUCGGCCAGCCUCUGUUGGCUGCCCUGGUCCUCGUCACGUUUGAUGCGAUGCUUCGGACCAAAGAGCUGCGUGAUCUUACAUAUGAUGAUAUCACGUUCGCCGAGGGCGGCGUCAUACUGCGCCUGUCGGAAACGAAGAUGGGCGUCAGGACUGGCAAAGUGCAGUUCGUUGUGGUGCGAACGCCCGUCGCAGUGAACUUGCUGCGGGUGGCUGCGGAGCGCGCCCAGCCCACGGACCAUCUGUGCCCGUGCACGUGCGUGCAGCUCCAGCGGCCCCUGAAGUCGCUCCUCGCUGUCGCCUCGAUCCCGCCUGCGCGCUGGUCCUGGUACAGCUUCAGGCGAGGAGGCGCCUGCCAUGACUUUCUUUUGGGCGCCAAUCUCGAGCGCACAAUGCAGCGUGGGAGGUGGAGUGCCGUGACUUCUGCACGUGUGUAUAUCGAGGAGGCUGUCGCCGACCUCGUGGAUGUCUCAAUGAACCAGCUCUCGAAAGAUAUAUUGGGUCAGCUUGGCCUAAUGCUACUGAAUUUCGGCUAUAGCCAGUAA